AGCUGAGCGUGGAGAAAUUGCGGGUGGUCGUGAUGUACCAGUACAAGUACUACCUGCUCUCCUCGUGGCUCCGUCCUCAUCACUGGUACUUCGUGUGCGUGAUUUACGACGCCACGAAGAACCAGUUCCACCUCUGGAUCGACGGCGAGCUCCUCGGCACCAGGGUCCUCACCUCGACGGACGUGACGCCGGCCUCCGAUCUCACCGUCGGCUACAUCGACCCGUUCCUUUUUGUGAACAGCUCCUUGAUCGGCAACGUGACUCAGUUCAACAUCUGGAGUCGCAUGCUGACGUCGCAGGAAGUCGAGGAUUUCUCCCACUGCCGUAAGUCUCCCGACGGGGACGUCAUCUCCUGGCGGAGGGAGUGGGAGCUCCGGAACGCCUCCAGGCACGAGGUGAAGAUGAGGAACCUGUGCCACCCCAAAAUGUCUCGCCUGUUCCGCGUGUUCCCGCCCAUGACCUUCCUGGAGGGCGCCUACUUGUGCGAGUCCCUGGGGGGCUUCAUACCUACGCCGACCAACCUGUCCCAGGUGACGCUCAUGGUCGCCCAGGCGCGGACGCUCAUACCGGCGUGCAAGGUCAUGUGGGCCGGGGUGACCGAGGAAUCGACGGAGGGCGAGUGGCGCUUCCACAGCGACGGGAGGCUCGCCCCGGAGCUGCCCUGGGCGGUGGACGAGCCCAACGGCCUGCACUACGAAAACUGUGGCGGCUUCGAAGCCGAGGGCGUCGUUGACGACCAGUGCUACGGCAGUCGCUGCCCUUCGUGCUUCUUGGCCAGCGAAGUGUUCCUCACGCUCAGGGGAUCCUGCGAGACCUUCGUCCACAACAUGAAGUUCCUGAUGACCGAGGAAGGGGACGAGAGGACUUUCGUCGGCUACGGCGACUACAGGAUCGUCAACAACGGGACGACGUGGGUUUGGGAGGACGAGAGCGCCAAGGAGAAAGUGGCUUCGCUGAUUCCUUCCGUGUACAACUACCCGAUGGGCCGCCGGUUAUGGCAGCUCGAGCGACCCAUGUGCGGCCAGGCAAGCGGGGAGUCGAGGACGCUCUUGUUCUCCGUCUGCCGCUCCGGCGAGUUCUCGUGCGAUGACGGAACCUGCGUGCCGCUCGACGUCCGCUGCGACCUCAAGUACGACUGCCGCGACCACACGGACGAGGCCAACUGCAGUCUCGUUCGCUUGCCCAGUGAUUACAAGAGCAGCGUAGCCCCUAGAUCAGCUGGAGAGGCCGAGGACGACCUGGGUCUGGAGGUCGCGGGGCAAAUAACGCUGGAGAACCUCCGCGUGGACACCUCCGCAAUGUUGCUCAAAGUGGCAUUCAACCUCACGCUGCUCUGGAGGGACAGUCGAGCCAUCUUUCUCAAUCUGAAGGAGGAUUCGAGCGUGAAUCAAGUAGAGGGAACUAAAAGUCAAGUGUGGGUGCCUACUGUCACUCUACUCAACGCUGUACACACUACCAAGGACUACCACACACACAUGACCGUUCACAGAGAAGGAAAUGCAACAGGGAUGGACAGCGCGAUGGCCGAGGAAGUGUUACUCUACCCUGGAAGAGCCAGUUGCUUAAUCAAUAGUGAGAAAUACCUGACGGAUUUCACUUGUGACUUCUACCUGGCCAGGUAUCCUUUCGACCGACAGUCCUGCUACUUGACUUUUAUGCUGAAUUCUGCUUCAGUCGACUCAAUCAGGUGGCAAAAGGACAAGAGUUGGGCUCGGUACACUGGAGGAGCCUUACUGAUGGAGUACUCAGUGGGUCCUGCCACUGCUCAGACCGACCAGAACAUCUUAAAGGUGCACGUGCCCUUAGCCCGUCGCCAUGGCUACGCUGUCAUCAACGUCUAUUUACCUUCCCUGACGAUGUUGGUAAUUGGGUACCUGACGCUUUUCUUCCUGAAGGACAACUUCGAAGUCAGGGUAAUGACGGCCCUGACGACUCUUCUGGUUAUGGCCACCCUCUUCUCGCAGGUCGCCGCCUCCUUACCCAAGACGUCGUACUUCAAACUGGUCGACAUCUGGCUCCUGUUCUGCAUCUUCUCGACCUUCUUCAUCAUCGUGUUCCACAUCCUCAUCGAUGUCCUCCGCAACCGGACUAAAGCCCACGACAGGUACGACCAUCUCUGUCACCGCGAAAUCCUCUUCACCAAGGAACGCCACGAGCUCACGAGACGACUCGCCCCUGGACCUCCUCACAGCGACGUCGUGCGCCUGAGGAAGUCGUCGGGGCUCCUUCACCACCCGAAGGAGAAGCGACCCGUCCUCCCCAAGAGGAUACGUCUGCGCAUCACCGUGGCGGAAAUGGAGAAGUUCGCCCGCGUUUUUAUGGCCAUCGUUUUCUUCAUUUUUAAUAUUAUAUACUGGAUCACUGCGUACGCCAUUUAGUGUUCAGAAGAGGACGUUGUGUGUAAUAUAGACUAGAACAAUGCUUAUGGUAUAUAGAAGUAACAACAUCGCUUUUGUGUUCGUUACUGUUCACAUUCUAUAUUAGACUGUUGUCUAUGCUAAUCAGAAACAGCAAGAUGAUUAGG